AUGGUCCGCUCAACCCAGAUCGCAAGGGUCUCGGACGGCCUGCCGCUCGCCCAGAGCGUCGACGACAGCCAGACCGAAAGCGACCUCUCCGAGUACAAGCAGCAGGCCAAGCUCAUCUUUCGCAGAAUCACGCCCGCAUCCGAGCAGCGCUGCAGCAUCGAGAGCGGCAAGUUCACCUUGCACUACCUGAUCUCGCCACCACCAGCGAUGCCCAACUCGGUCGUCUACCUCACCAUCGCAGACCGUUCCUACCCGCGCAAGCUCGCCUUUUCCUACCUCGACGAGCUCUCCAAGGAGUUUGAGCGCAGCUACGGCAGCCAGGUCGAGCAGCGCAGCUUGAGGCCAUACGCCUUUGUCGGCUUCGACACCUUCAUGCAGCGGACCAAGCGGCUGUACGAGGACUCGAGGACCGCGCAGUCGGCGGCAUCUUCCAACCUCGACCAGCUCAACGAGGACCUGCAGGACGUGACGCGGAUCAUGACCAAGAACAUGGAGGACCUCCUCUGGCGCGGCGACAGCCUAGAUCAGAUGUCACACAUGUCGUCGUCGCUGCGGGACGAAUCGCUCAAGUACCGAAAAGCGGCGAGGCAGAUCAACCUCAACGCACUCUACCGGAAGUGGGCGCCAGUCGGCGCCAUGGGCUUCAUCUUCCUCUUUAUCCUUUGGGUCAAGUUCUUCUGA